AUGAGUGAAUUUAUAGAUCGUCCUCGUUCUGAAUUGACAGAAUUAGAAUUACAAAAACUUGAAGAAUUUGAAUUCACUCAUGGACCCAUGUCCUUAUUACAAAAUGCAGUUAAGAAUAAUACUCCAGUAGUAAUAUCAUGUCGUAAUAACCAUAAACUAAUUGCUAAAGUCAAGGCAUUUGAUAGGCAUUGUAAUUUGGUUUUGGAGAAUGUUAAAGAAUUAUGGACAGAAGUAAUGAAGAAUAAUAAAGGGAAGAAGAUAAAGGAGGUUUCGAAGGAGAGAUUCGUGGCAAAGAUGUUCUUAAGAGGUGACUCUGUAAUUAUUAUUGUUAAAGCAUAG